GUGCCCGCAGGAGAGGCUGGGGUUUGGAUUGGAGAUGGAGAAUGGCCGCUCGCGAGGAUCCGGCCAAGCCUCUGAAUGGACCGGCGAAAAGAGGACCAAGAUCCAAAGCACACCUAGCACUCCCGGCGAUCUCGGCAACACCGUACGGAUGCAUUAUUCCGGCGGACAAGAGCAAAUCGAAGGCCUUGACCGGGACAACGACAGGCUCCAAAGGGAGUUCAUUUCUCUUUUCGAGCGGUUGAACGGCGGCCCCCCUGCACCUCAAGACGACGACGACGACGAGUCACCGGCCUGGUGCGACGCGCAGCAGCUCAAGGCGCUCAACCAACGCCUCGCGCUGUGCCGCAUCAGAGCUCACGAGGAGAAAUACCGGGGAAUGGACGAUGCGAGCCUGUUAGCGCUGUUCCCGCCCUCCAAUCUCGAGGACAAUUGGUACUAUAAUAAGUAUUACCAGCGCGAUUUUCAGUGGGACUUUGAUCCUGACUACUGCAAGUACGUUCACUUGCAGGACUAUCAGCGGCUCAUGCUUCCGGAUAAUGUAGGUAACAAACACUUGGAUCCAUGCAACUAGUAUUUCGGUGCUUCAUUGUGCAAAGAUUCUAUUUCUUCCUUAGUAUAAGCUGCUUUCUCUAUUUCAGUGGUUCGUUGUUCAAGGAUUGUAUUCCUUGGUAUAAGGUGCUGUGUGCUG